AUGGCGUCGGCUCUGGUGUCUGAGGACAGUCUUCUUUGUCCCGUCUGUCUGAGUGUGUUCACUAAACCUGUGUCGAUUCCCUGUGGACACAACUUCUGUAUGAACUGUAUCACAGACUACUGGAGCACCCUGUCUGUACUCCAAUGUCCACUGUGCAAAGAGAUGUUUUACACCAGGCCGUUGCUUCGGGUUAACCCUGUCAUUGAUGAAAUGGCAGAAAAGGUUAAAAAAUCUGCUCAAGAAAUGUUGUUGAGUUCAGCUGAACGAGCAGGACAUGAAGACGUGCUCUGCAGCAUCUGUGCAGGGUCCAAGGUCAGUGCCCAGAAGUCCUGUUUAAUGUGUUUAGUGUCCUACUGUCAAACACAUCUGGAGCCUCAUCAGAGGAUUUCAGCUUUGAAGAAGCACAAGCUGAUCGAUCCAGUUCAGGACCUGGAGAGCAGAAUAUGUCGGGAUCACGGUGAGCCUUUGGAGCUGAUCUGCAGACUGGAUCAAAGGUUUCUGUGUCGGUCCUGUAAAUGCAGUGACCAUAAAACACAUGAAACAGUGAGUCUGGAGGACGAGGCUGAAAUGAGGAAAUCCCAGCUGAGAUUAGAAAAUAACAGCAUGGAUCAGAUGAUCCAGGAGCGUGAGCAGAAAAUCCAGGAGCUUCAACAGUCAGUGAAGACCAGCAGAAGUAAAGCUGAGGAGGCGUUAUCGUACAGCAGGAAGGUGAUGACCGCUUUGGUGCAGCACAUAAAGACAGAGUUCACCAGACUGUCUGAGGCGAUCGAGACGAAGCAGGAAAUAAAUGAGACAGAGGCAGAAAGCUUUAUUGAUGAGCUGCAGGCAGAGAUUACACACAUGAAGAAGAAGAAGCUGCAGUUUCAUGAAGCUUCGCUCAUCAGAGACCCCUUCAGCUUCCUGGAGAACGUCCUCCCUCUUACCUACAAUAAGCCCCAGCUGCAGGACUGGUCUGCUGUGACUGUAACCAGUGACCAGUUUAUGAUUCAGGAGACCCUGGCCGAGCUGGAGACAGCAGUCAGAGAAGAAGUCAGCACGCUCUAUGAUAUAAACUUCAGAGAUGGGAAAGAACAAAGGAUCAGUUUGAUCUCAUCACCACAUGAAGACAUCGUCUCAGACAGUUUUCUCAUCAGGUCAGGACCUCCUGCUGUCUACCAGCUGAGACCGAAGAAACAGAAGACUGGAACUCUGACAAGAAUGACUGUUGGAGAAAAACGUCCAAACAAGCCGAACAGAACCAUCUUACUGGUGGGAGAAACAGGAGCAGGAAAAUCUACUCUGAUCAACGCUCUGCUCAACUACACCAUGGGAGUGAAGUGGGAGGAUGAAGUCUGGUUUAUGAUCGCAGAGGAGGAGAGAAGAAGUCAGACAUCAGAUGUGAUGGUGUACGAGAUCUUUGGUUUUGAAGAUGAAACUCUGCCCUACUCUCUGACCAUCAUCAAUACUCCUGGAUAUGGAGACACCAGAGGGAUCGAACAUGAUGACAUCAUCAGUCACAGAUUAUUGGACCUGUUUCAAUCAGAGGAUGGGGUCCAUGAAGUUCAUGCAGUGGGUCUGGUGAUGAAGGCGAGUGUGAAUCGACUGAGUGAGCCAUUGAGGUACGUCUUUGAUUCAGUGAUGUCUCUGUUUGGAAAGAACUUGGAGAAAAACAUCAUAGCUCUGAUCACACACUCAGAUGGAAGCAGGCCUGAAAACCCUCUUCAAGCUCUUGAAGCUGCAAACAUUAAAUGUGCCAAAAAUGAGGACAGUCAGCCUGCUCACUUCCUGUUUAAUAACUGCCAGCUUGAAGAGCAAAUGGAGGAAAACACAAUUUUUAGAAAUUCAUGGGAACUUACACAGACAAACAUGGAUCAUUUGACAAACUUGUUGGGAAAAUCUAAUCCUCAAAAACUGGUGAAAACAGCCGAAGUGUUAAAUGAACGAAUCAGACUGAAAGCCUGCAUCCAAAACCUGGAAGACAGAUUCGAGCUGGCUGAACUGAAACAGACAGAAAUCAGAGAGAUCCGAGAAGCUCUGAAGCAGACGAAUCACAGAAAUAAAAUAGAAAUUGAGAAAAUAUUGAGUCUUUUGGAAAAUCUUGAAAAGGAAAUGAAAGUGCUGACAGCAGAAAAGGAAAAGUGGCUAAGUGACUCCUACCAGCAUGCUGUCAGACUGGAGGAAAUCGCUCUGAAAGCUGAUUCAGCAUCCACUGUUGCCCACUUGGACUUCCUGAUUGAGAAGAUGAAGGAGGAAGGAGACACGGAGAAGGUCCAGAAACUGGAGGAGAUGAGGAGAGAGGAUGGAGGAACCGAAGAAGCAGUGCAAGCUUAAACGAACACCAUCACCAACAUUGGGAGACUCUUCCUCUGGCAUACGUGAAACAUGUAAAGAAGCAUCAGGCAGAUGGUACUGAUGCUGCUACAUGUUCAGAUGUACACAGAUGCUGAUUGUUGAUGUGGACAUGAGGGCCUCCUUCUAAGACGGGAACAUCAUGUAUGCUUUCAUAUUUUAUCCAGUUAAAAAUAUCAAUUCUCAUGUUAAAAAAUACUUAUUAUUAAUAUACAUGUAUUUCACACAGAUAUUUGUACUUAUGCACAUGACAAAUAUUACUACAUAAACUCCACAGUCAGUUAUUAUGCAGAGCAGAGCUGCCAGCUGUGCUGUAAAUGCAGUGAGGGCGCCCCCUGCUGUUUAACGAUCAGUACAACAGUGUGUGAGAACAGCUCCCUGCUCCUCUGACGUCACAAACUAAACUCUGUGUUCUCCACAAAUACAUGUGUUUCUGUCACGUUGUUCUAAUGUUGUUCUAAUGUUGUUCUAAGGUUGUCAGUGUGAGCUUUAUCCUGCUGCUCCUCUCAUGCUGACUCAGUAAACUGGUUGUGGGACAGUAACGUGUCACUGACACGAUCCAGAGACAGUCCAACAUGUUGUUGUCUUUCAGUGAGUGCAGAGGAUGUCAUUGACACGAUGCCUCGGAUUCUUCAUGUGUUCAUGCUGGAUAUUUGUGAUGGCUCAGGCCGAGUGGAAACAUUUGGAUCCUUUCAUGUUGGACUUGAUCUGUUCAGAUUCUCUGUAUUCGGGUCGUCCACAUGAAUCGUCUCCUGCUCGAUGCACUUUUCUGUCAAUCCUCAAUAAAAUCUGCUU